AUGGACGAAAGCCCCCACCGCCGCACCGGCGUUGGCACCGGAGUCCGGCUGAAGCAGAAACUCGCACAGCUCCUUGUGCGUUCUUCUUGCAUCAGCAACGCCACCAAGACCACAACCACCCCGGCCACGGCCUUCGUUAGCCUCGAUAAGGCCAACACCAACCCCCACCAAGAGCCACUACAUUCCCCUGACUUAUGCACCCACUGCACCUAUCAGAGGCCCAACCUUGUGGAAGGCAGCCGCUCAAGCCGCCACCGUCACCGCAGCGCGUCGGUCGUCCACGCCUCCGUCGACUACCCAGGUGGGGUCUCCGGUCGCCGUCCUGUUCACUCCAUUGUUCCUCUCCUGCCGCCAUCGGUGCAGACAAACGAUGCAAAGAAGAGCAGGGGUGCACGCUCUAGGUCGGUGUCAAGGCGGCAUCGCUCAUACUCCUCUUGUCGGCGUCUGCGGCGGCCGCGGAUGAACUCCGUGCCGUACAGCUGCUCUCCGUCCACGGCGACCGACGACGAAAGCGGCGAGGAUGCUGAGACGACGACGCUCUUCUCGUCCCUCAGCUUCUCCUCCGACUCGACCUGCGAGUUUUACCACACCAACAGUAGCAAUGCCUCCAGGAAGAGCCACAGGAACGGGCUUCGCAGAGCGCCCCGGCGCGCGUUGCCAAGUGCCAGGGACCCACCCGAUGCCUUCCAGCCGCGGGUUAACUUGGCGACGAAGCACAACUACUGCAAGAACAGCAAAAGGGAGGAGGAUGCGAAUGCGAUCAAGAAGAUGGUCGUGGAAGAAAUCGGAGCCAUUGGCGUGGGCAUGGCGGUGGUGAAGCGAUCGAGCAACCCAUACGCAGACUUCCGGAGCUCGAUGGUGGAGAUGGUCGUGGAGCGCCGUAUCGCCAACGUGGGGAAGAUGGAGGAGCUCCUGGAGUCGUACCUCUCGCUCAACUCGCCCGAGCACCACCCGGCAAUCAUCGCCGCCUUCGAGGACGUCUGGGAGGCCGUCUUCGGCGAGGCGUGA